CACGCUCGCUCACUCACUAGCCGCACUCCAAUUCUUAAAAUCAAAAAACGGUGCUGGUCUUGAUGUGACGUCGUUUCACUCCGCUCCAAUCCACCUUCCCCAGAAUCACCAUCACCAUUCACCACUAACUCCUAUUCCAUUCCAACUUCUAAGUUCUAAACUCUCAAUUCUUCUGUUUUAUUCAAACGAACCUCCACUCUCUCUUUCUCUCUCUUCUUUCUCUCUCUAAAUAUGGACCAACAACAACAACAACAACAGCGCCACGUCAGCAGCAGCGGAACUUAUAAUCCCGUGCUCCGCUGCCCCACUAUGCGGACCACCUUCACCCUCCCCUUCGCUCGCCUCAUCGCCGCCGACCGCCGCCGCAUCUUCCUCUCCGACUGCACCGACCGAGGAUCGGACGAUGACUUCGACGGCGAAAACUGCGCGUAUUCGAGGCCCUUGCUGGUUCUGGACUUGGUGUGGAACCUGGCUUUCGUCGUGGUGGCCGCCGGCGUGCUUCUAUCCACUCUCCGCGAGCGACCGUCCACUCCGCUGAGGCUUUGGCUCUGUGGCUACGCCUUCGAGUGCGUUCUCCAUAUGGCUUUUGUGUACUUCGAGUAUCGCACCGCAAUUCGCGAUUCUUUGUCUCACACUCCCUACAGCAUUGUGAAGAAGUUAGAGCCUAUGAACACUCUAGCAUCAUCUGUUUGGUGGGUGUUUGGAUUUUAUUGGAUUGUUGUGGGUGGCCAAGCACUUCUGGAAGAUUCUCCACGUCUCUACUGGUUAACGGUGGUCUUUCUAGCCUUCGACAUAUUUUUUAUUAUCUUUUGUAUUGGGAUGGCGUGUAUAAUUUUCUUUGCUAUCUUCUGCAUCAUCCCAAUAAUAGCGUUAGCUUAUGCUAUAAGAAUCAGGGAAGGUGCAUCGGAAGAAGAUAUCAGGUCACUUCCGAAGUAUAGGUUUAGUCAGUCAAAUUCAUUGGUGAUGGUUGAUGACAACAAGAUGCCACUUGUUAGAGCAAGAACCGAUUCAUGCAAUGGAGGCCAUAUCCGUGAACUUUUUCUCCAUCCAGAAGAUUCUGAAUGCUGUAUCUGCCUAUGUCCAUAUGUUGAUGGAGCAGAACUGUAUCGCCUUCCCUGCUCCCAUCAUUUUCAUUGUGGAUGUAUCAGCCGAUGGCUUCGGACUAAAGCAACCUGCCCGCUCUGUAAAUUUAACAUCCUUAGAGGUGAUACCUUGGUUUGACCCCUCCUUGAGACAAAGAUUGGACGACACACUGAGGGCAGUAUCAUCCAGAAGGCACAUGACUCUGGAGAGCCAAAACAUUUGCUAAUGUUCUGACAAGUGUUGGUAAAUAAGUAGAGAAGAAAAGGAAAUGCUCCGACCCUUCAUCUUUUACCGGGUUCUAAUCUUAGGAUUUCAGUUUUCAUAAAGAUCUUUCAUCUUUUGAGUAGAAUGUUCUUAAGUUUAUGAUGGGGUAUGUAUAUAUGGUUAGGCCCGUGGAUAGGGUCUCCCCUAUAAUUUGUACUUAUGCGGCGUUACAAAAACAAUUUCUGUAUAGUAAUUUUUUUUUUUUGAGCUCUUUCCCCAUCUCCACCCACAAACAAAUUCAAGACUACAUAUACCCCUCAAACCCCGAAAAUAGUGGGAUGGGAAAGGGAAAAGGGGAUUAGGAAUCAACAUAAAAUUGACUAUAGGUUUGCGGUCGGACUUUGGAGUACUAUUAAA